AUAGUUAACUAGGUUUUUCUUCUAUACAUUGAUAAAUAUUAACAUAAACAAAAUUAGGUAGAUUCCGUCCUACAGGUACUUUGAGAAUCUUCCGCAGGUUUGUCCCAAUUUACCCCAUGUCAUGGUAAUAGAAUUGUAGGUUAUGUUAUGAAUUGUUAUGCAGUGAGAGGACCGUAACAAAUAUCAGUACUAUUUUAGACACUACUUUUUCUUGAUACAAAAAUGAAUUUCAUUAGGACAGUACCAUUCGUUCCACAAAUGACAAGAUUGAGUUCGACAGCCAAUGUUGAAUUCGUAAAUCGAAAUCCAAGAAAUUUAGAACGGAUGCGAAUAGCCAGAAAACCGGAUGGAUAUCACUUAGAGAAACCUGGAAGGAAAUAUUGGCACAAAUUAGUUUUGACACCGGGAAACCGUUCAAUAAUAGCCAAAGUAAUUCAUUUUCUCAAUGGCCCUGUUGUGGAGGUGAAGACUUCAGAGUGGGCAUUACAGAAACAAUUAUACAGCCCCACAGAUACCUGUGCGUACAUCAGCCUCGGGAAAGUUUUGGCACAAAGAUGCAUAGAAUUUGGAAUUACUGAAAUGUACUGUGAUCUAGAGCCUCAACAGGGCGGGAAAGCUGAGAAAUUCUUAGAGGAAGUGGUGAAGGGAGGAAUUACACUACAAGAGCCAGAAGUAUAUAAAAAACCAAACCCUUGGGAUCAGUUCAGGCCUGAAAAGCCAUGGGAAGUUCAUGAUGAAUAAGAUAUUUGUUAUUUUAAUGAGUUCUAGAUAAUAAUUUGCUAGUUUUAGCCUUGUUAAUUGUAGGAUUGAAUGAAUAAAAUAAGAAAUUUCAA